AUGUUUGCAAAUGAUGAUGAAGAUGAUGAAUGGAAUAAUGAAAGUGAAGAAGAUCAACCACAAGGUUAUCAAGCUUUAUUAGAUCCAGAUGAUGAAGAAAGCAUUACCGCUGAAGAUGAGGAAAUAGAAGAUGAUCAUGAAGAAGAAGAAGAAAUAGAAUCAAUUGAAGAAGAAGUACCUAUUGAUGAUGGUCAGAUAAAACCAUUUACUUGUACAUUAUGUACCGUAUCCUUCAGUAAAUUCGAAGGAUACCGUGAACAUUUUGUCUCCACUGAACAUCGAUACAAACGACGUGAUGAAAAGAAACGUCUUGGAGAAGGAUGCACAAUUGAAACUUCACCGGUUGAAGUAUUUGUUAAUUUAUUACUUUAUAAUAAAAUUCCAUUUGAAAGUAUUCAAAUUAAUAUUCAACCUGUUGAUUUUAGUGUCAGUGGUUCACUUGAAUAUAAUAAUAAUAAAUAUGAAUAUCAACAUGCAUCAACAUUAAAUGAUUUAUAUCAAGUUCUUGUGAAUAAAUUCAAUCAAGAUUAUGAAAAAUAUCAAUUAAAAAUGCCACCACAAAGUUUUUUUGUUGCAAGAGGUACUGAAAAAACAUUUCUUUGGAUGAAAUUAAUAUCAUAUAUGUUGAAUUUAGAUAUCUGUCGAAAAGAAGUAGAAAAUGUAUGGACUGUACCACGUUAUUGUGAUGAUACAGGAAAAUCUGAUGAACAAAUUGUUAAAGAAGUAUUAGACUUUUGUGUGUUUACAAAUGUUGAACCAGAACGUGAACGUUUAAUAGGACAUUCCAUUCAAACAUGGCGUAUGUUUCAUCGUCAAGAAACUAAACCAGGUUUUUGGUGUGAUAUGUGUAAACAAUGUUUUCGGAAACGAAAAGCAAUAAUUUGUCAUUUUGAAACAAGUGAAAAACAUGAAAAAAAUCUCAAACAUCUUCCACCAUAUCGACGAGCUGUUCAACAUAGUUUAUUUACUGGUCGUUUGUUAAAUCAAUUUAUUGAUAUAGAUAAAUUGAAUUAUUAUCGAUCACGUGUUAAUGCUUAUCGACUUCCACCAUCACAUAAAACUCUUAAAAAUGCGUAUUAUUGCACAUUUUGUAAAAAAUCAUUUGAAUCGACAUAUUCACUUGAAAAACAUCUUGCUUGGAAAAAUCAUCGUGAUAUAUUACGUAAGCGUCAUCAAAAUGAUCUGGAUAAUUUAUCACGUCUUGUUACUUAUUUGAAUUUCAAUCAAUUAUCUCAUGAACAACGUAAUGGUGGUAUUCAACAAAUGGUUAAAACACCAGAUGAAUAUCGAUUAAAAUAUAAUCUUGAAUCGAUGACAAUUGAAAAUCUUCAAGAAGAUAUAGUUCGUUUUGAUACACAACUUGCUCAACAAGUUAUACAUAAUAUUCAAAAUCAACAAGGAAAUAAUAAUCGAUUCAAUCGUGGUGGCGGCGGCGGUGGAAGAGGAAGAGGACGUGGUGGUCGUGGAGGACAACCAUUUCGUGGUCAAGGAUUUCGACCACGAGGUGGUAAUUUUCAUCAACAAAAUGGCCAACAUUUCAAUCCAGGACAAUUCAAUCAGCCAAGACAUUAUCAACCUCGUCCAUUUAAUCCUAACCAGUCCUAUCCUCAAAAUAAUUUUCAUCUACCAACAUCAUUUCGCCCACCAAAUCAAAAUUUUGUUAAUGAAUAUAAUAAACGUCCUUAUCCACAAAAUAAUAAUAAUAAUUACAAUAAUAAUUAUUAUAAUCCAAGACAAUCAUGGGCAAAUAAAAGACCUCGAUUUGAUCAACCACACCAACCACCACCACCACAAUACCAACAACCUUCAUCAUCAAAUCGAAUUGAUUAUCGCUAUGUAGCUAAUCAAAAUACUUAUCAACAACAACAAUUUCAUUAA